UGCGCUCGAGUCAUCAAGGUGACCAAGGUCUCGGAGUUUAGUGUGUGGUAACGAGUAGUGAAGCACUUUCUUAUUUGGUCAAACACCAAGGUGAACACGGUAGUGACUCCAAAAUAAGGCAGAUUAGCAGUCUAUAAGAGGGAACCUAUUUGAGCUUGUCUACUUUCUCCCUCCAUCCACUAUCCACAACCUGUUCGGUAGCCAAUAUGUCGUCAAGCAACCAAGACCAUUGUGAACAGAAAAGACCGCGUAUAUCAGCCCACAACGCCACUUUUGCCAAGGUCGUCGUUGGUCCCGAAGCACUUACUUUCAAUGUGCACCUCGAUCUGCUUGUCCAUCACUCGCCCUUCUUCCGCGCUGCCCUUACAGGAUCCUUCAAAGAAGCCGACGAGAAGCUCGUUACCCUCCCCGAUACUGCUAGCAACACUUUUGAGCUGUUUGUCCACUGGCUUUAUUACCAACGACUUCCUGUCGAGACAGACUCAUCCGAGCUAUUUGCACUUUAUGACGACGCUGAGGAUGAUGAAGUUCUGUAUGAGAACCUCGUCUCUCUAUACAUCUUCUGUGACAAGUACGACGUACCCGGGCUGAAGAGGGAGUGCCUCGAUACACUUUUCUAUCACAUUACCGAUCAUCACUGUCUAGCCCAAUUCAAUAUUGUCCGGCGCACAUUCAAUAACUUGGAAACAGACCAAGAUCCACUCUGUCGUUUCUUGGUCGAGUAUUACUGCUACUGGAGUGAUGAAACCCUCUGGGCAUUGGAGGAUGUUCAAGACCUACCUUGGACGUUUAAGGCAAAGGUCAUGGCUCAUUACGCUAACAUGACGUCUGGUGGCCGCGAUGCUUAUUCACUUGAGUUGUGUAACUACCACGACCAUGCAACAAGCAAGGAGAGGAAGAAGUGUGAAAAGAAGAGAGGAGACUGAGAAGGAAGAGAAAGACCACGACGAUGACGAGAGUGACUAGACCAGGGAGUCAUCUAAUGGUUGAUCUUCGUUAGGAAGCUU